AGAGCUUGCGAGAGAUUCUCACAGGUCUCUGGUUCCAAUGCACCUCACUGCACCGCACAACCACAACACGCACCACCCCAAAACUUUUUGGCGUGGUCCCUUAGCUCCCUCAAGGUGCAUAGGUGAAAAUCCACCGAUUUUCAAAGCCACCAAAACACGAUCCCGGUCGGUACCUGGGCGCGCUUCGUUGCCCCAAGAUGUACCUGCCGUCCCUCUCCCGUCACUUUCUCACCCCUCCCCCUCCCACCACACCACCGUCACUCACACAAACACACACACCCACCCUCCCCUCCUUCGUCCGCUCUUCCUGCUCUUCCUCUCCCCGAAGUCCCAGCAACAAAUAAUCCCUGGGAGCUUCGACAGAAUCCAAAAUUUUGAAAGGCUGACGAUCUUCUCCCUCUCUCUCCACGCACCAGCACAGCUUCUCUCCUUCCACUCCAUUCCUCCCACUCCCCAAUCCAUACUUCUCCUUCAACCUCGCCGCUUCUUUCUUCCCUCACACACCGCUCUGCUUGACUUGACUCGACUCGACUUCGAUUCGACCUCCGAUUCCUGACAUUCACUUGAUUUCAGGUCUUCACCACAACUUCGUCCCCAGACUUCGACUUCGUCGCCUGGUUGCACUUGCUCCCUCUCUCUCUCGGUACGUUCUCACUGCAGCCAAACACUCCUCCAAAGCUCAAUCUUGUCGCCUCGUCUUUCCCCCCAUCCCAGUUGAGUCUCCAGUUGGAUCGUGAAUGCCCCUCUUCCAGAGCUCGGCGCGAACAUCUUGAGCCUUCCGCUUGCUUGCCGUGGUGACACUUGCCGCCCACGGAGCUCCUUCCCAGAAGCUCAGCCAGCUGAAAGAAAGUCUACUGCCGGCUGACGGGUAGCGGAACUCCAAACUCCAACUCCGAGCCACACAAAUAUACUUGGUUUUCCAAAAGCAAUCGCUGACCAGUCCGCUCCCAAUUCAGGCCAAAUAAAGCAGGGAAAAGAAGUCUCAAGAAAACUCACCUCUUUCUUACCUCACAACCGCCAGAAUGUCCGCCAAGUCCAUCCUCGAGGCCGACGGCAAGGCCAUCCUCAACUACCACCUCACCCGCGCUCCCGUCAUCAAGGCCUCUCCUCUUCCCGUCCCCACCAAGCACAACCCUCCCCCCAGGUUGUGCUCUCUGCACUUCCCCGAGGAUGCCAACGUCGAGGAUGUCCUCAACCAGGCCGAGGUCACCUACCCCUGGGUUCUCCAGCCCGGUGUCAAGUUCGUCGCCAAGCCCGAUCAAUUGAUCAAGCGCCGUGGCAAGAGCGGUCUCCUGGCCCUCAACAAGACCUGGCCCGAGGCUCGCGCCUGGAUCGCCGAGCGUGCUGGUAAGGAGCAGAAGGUCGAGACCGUCACUGGUGUCCUGCGCCAAUUCCUCGUCGAGCCCUUCGUUCCUCACCCCCAAGACACCGAGUACUACAUCAACAUCAUGUCUGUCAGAGAUGGCGACUGGAUUCUCUUCACCCACGAGGGCGGUGUUGAUGUCGGUGAUGUUGACGCCAAGGCUGAGAAGCUCUUGAUUCCCGUCGACCUUUCACAAUACCCUUCCAACGACGAGAUCGCCGCGUCUCUGUUGAAGAAGGUCCCCAAGGGUGUUCACAACGUGCUGGUUGACUUCAUCACCCGGUUGUACGCCGUCUACGUCGAGUGCCAGUUCACCUACCUCGAGAUCAACCCCCUCGUUGUCAUCCCCAACGAGGAUGCCACCUCCGCCUCUGUGCACUUCCUCGAUCUUGCUGCCAAGCUUGACCAGACUGCCGACUUCGAGUGCGGUGUCAAGUGGGCUAUUGCCCGCUCCCCUGCUGCUCUCGGCCUGACCAACGUCGCCGCCGCCAACGGCGAGAAGGUCAACAUCGAUGCCGGCCCGCCGAUGGAGUUCCCCGCUCCCUUCGGUCGUGAGCUGACCAAGGAGGAGGCCUACAUUGCCGACCUUGACGCCAAGACCGGUGCCUCCCUGAAGCUUACCGUCCUCAACCCCAACGGACGUAUCUGGACUCUGGUCGCUGGUGGUGGUGCUUCCGUCGUCUACGCCGAUGCCAUUGCCUCUUCCGGUUUUGCCGACGAGCUCGCCAACUACGGUGAGUACUCCGGUGCUCCCACCGAGUCUCAGACCUACCACUACGCCCGCACCGUCCUCGACCUCAUGCUCCGCGCUCCCCUGACCGACGAGGGCAAGGUCCUCUUCAUCGGUGGUGGUAUUGCCAACUUCACCAACGUCGCCAGCACAUUCAAGGGUGUCAUCCGCGCCCUCCGCGACUACGCCAAGCAGCUCAACGAGCACAAGGUCCAGAUCUGGGUCCGUCGUGCCGGCCCCAACUACCAGGAGGGUCUCAAGAACAUGAAGGCUGCCACCCAAGAACUUGGCCUGAACGCCAAGAUCUUCGGCCCUGAGAUGCACGUCUCCGGUAUCGUGCCCCUGGCCCUCGUCCCCGGCAGAUGGGAGGCCAGCGGUGCUGAGGAGUUCAGAGGUUAAACGGUAUAAAUGAAAUGAAAUAUGUGUGUUUGGGGGGGUGGACUUGGAGAGCCAUAGUUCUGGUAUCACGGGUUUAGACGAAAGGAAAGUUUUUGCCUGGUACUUGGAAUGGCAUCUUGCCCACUUUCUUGUACGCUUGCAAAGUUUACGGUGUUUAUGACGGCUGGUGCAACAAAUGCUCUUGACAGGAAGGUCGAGGGCCGGGUCCUUGUAUCGUAUGUAUGGAGGGCAUGGUCGACGAUCAGAUGAGCAAAUAAUUAGACGCUCUGUAAUGUGAUCUUGACUAGAG